AUAUAAAUGUAAUAUUGCGACGGACCCGCCCUCAUGGAACAAUUUUUUGUGGUCUACUCUUAAAAGAACCUCUUGCAUACUAUUUAUUUAUUUCGUCACGAUUUUGUCGAUCAAAUCAAGUUGUGAUUCCGUUCAACCGUUGGUCAUUCCGCAUUUCUUACUUGAUUACCUUGGCCGUGAGUUCAUGACGAAAGAGUUCUAUAAUUAUACAGGCGCAUUUGCACAUUGGUGCCUACCAGCAAAUGUAAGCCUUCUUGAAAAACUUUUAUAAAAAUUGCAAUACCCAAGAUUACGAAUACUUUUAAAGUGUAGAGAUGGCGAAAGAAGGGGCUGCGGUGGUGGAAGCCCAGGAAUCGUUACUAUAUUCGGCAAGACAUGGCGAGCUGGCCGUGGUAAAAGCUCUUCUGGAAGCCAAGGCAGAGGGAAAAUUGACGUUGAACGUGAGCUGUAAAGGUAAAAGCAAAAGUAAUUUAGGAUGGACCCCACUCCACUUGGCGACAUAUUUUGGACAUGUGGAUGUGGCAGCGGCCCUAUUAGAGGCAGGAGCGAAUGUGGAUGAGGUUAAUGACACAGGAGACACCGCGCUGCACAAGGCGUCUUUUAUUGGAAAUGAGGAUUUAGUAAUACUCCUGCUGAAAUACAAAGCAGAUGUGAACAUAAUGAACGGCGAAGGUAGGACGCCGUGCGACGUGUCCAAGAAUCGGGACGUGCAACGGCUGUUGGAGGCGGCGCAGCGUGCUGAGAGGCAUGAGAGAGAGAGCAAACUCCUCACAGCAGCCAAGGAGGGGAGGGUUGAAGAUAUACACGAGUUGCUCAGCAGCCAAAAUCCUCCAAAUAUAAACUGCGUGGACGCGCAGGGCAACACGUGUCUGCAUUGCGCCGCGUAUCGAGGCCACGCCAGGCUCGCCGUGCUGUUGCUUCAGAACGGGAUAGACACCACACUCAGGAACCAUAGCGGUCAGCUAGCAAUAGAGUUGGCGAAAGACAACGAGAUGCGUGAAGUGUUGAGCGUCCGUCCAGUGCAGCGGCUGCAGCGCACCGCCGCCAGGUUCGAGGGGCCGCUACUGAAGCGCUCGCGAUUCCUCGGAUGGAGACCUGUUUGGGCGGUGGUGCAGCGCGGCGUGCUGUCGUACCACGCGUCGCGCGCGGAGGCGGCGCGCGGCGGGCGCGUGCGCGCGCGCAAGUACCUGGACGGCGCCACGCUGCGCGCCAGCGACGCCGAGCCCGCGCUGCUGCUGCUGCACUUCAGCGACGGCGACGCGCACCGCCUCGCCGUGCCGCCCGACCAGCACGUGCGCGCCUGCAGGCAGUCGUGGAUCACAGCACUGAACGAGCACAUAGCAUACUCCGGCCACUACUUAUGGGCGGGCGCCUCGCCUGACACAGCCAAAGAGGCUACGGAGGACUUGGAAGACGAUUGCAAACCAUUAGGGUCCAUGCAGGACGCGCUGACGGCGGCCACGAACAGCCUGGCGCUGCUGGAGACGCAGCUGCGCGAGUGCUCCGCCAUCGUGGCCGCGCUCGACAAGAGCGUCAACGUCGGCAACUCGCUGCACCACUCCGCAUACAUGAGGUUCCAGCACGCGUGUGGCACCGGUUCGGAGGCUCUGUCGGCGCUGCGGCACUGCGCCGCGCUCGUGCACCAGGCGAGGGACGCGGACGUCGCCAGGCUAAACAGAGAGUUGGAGCGCAACAGGGUGUUAGAAGAAGCUCUGGCUGCAUUGGCGAGAACUCACCACGCACUCGAGAUGUCUGUAGCAGAGGAACUAAACAAGGGGAAAAGAAAGAAAAAAUCAUCAUCGACUCUCAACGAAUCAAAGGAGAAUUUCUUCGAUGUUUUUGACGAUUCUGACGAGGACGACACGUUGGUGACGGCGGGCCUGUCCAGCCCACUCGGAGCGCUCAGUCCGUGGGGGAGCAGCCCCGACCUCACCCGGCGGACUCCUAUAGGCAGCGUGGACGGUGACAAAACACCGACAAACGAAGAAGACCGCCAGCUCUGCCGACAAAUAUCGGGCUCGUCGGACUCGGCGCAGUCGCUGCACUCGGCGGGCUCGGCGCCGGGCUCGCUGGCCAGCUCGCGCGGCACGCUGGUGUCGCAGGGCGGACACGUCUACCGCAACGCCAGGCCCUACCGCCGCUGCACGCAGCCCAGUUCUCAAUGGUCACUAUAGGGUAAUGUGAAGUCUACAAAACCAUUAAACAUCACGCACAAACUAUCAUAACCACAUUUUUAUAUCAUACAGUGACGUUAUUCUAUAUUGUCCAUAGUAUUUAUACGUAUAUAUUUGACCUCUUAUAAAUCAAAGCUAACGCAUUGACAAUUUGAUCUGUGAUGUUAAUGAAUUGAAUAAUAUAUUUUGAGGACAAAAAUAAUGAGUGCAAUUGAAUGUGAUUUGAAUAUUAAUAUAUUUUGAGGACUAGUAAAUAAUUAAAAUUGAAAUUUUUCAUUUGUCGACGCCAAAAAUAAAUGUCCAAUUUAUUCCAGUGCCAUAGGAUCUAACCAAUGAUACAGAUUAUAAAUUUUAUCGCUUUUCGUAUAUUUGAAGAAAUAUUUUUCAAACUCAAUAAUACAGGGUGUUUCGAUAAUUAUGGUUUUUGUGAAAUUUAUAUUAAAACUGGAUACGAGAAAAUGUGUUUAAGGAUAUAUUUAGUGUCGUAAUAAUAUAUUGUGAUUUUAUUAAUUAUAUUUUUUUCCAUCAAAAACGCUUUACCAAGGUCGAGAAGAUGCUAUAGAAAUUAAUUUAAUUAUUUUUUCGUGAGAUAACUCUGGAUAUACAUGAGAUAUUAAAACACCCCACAUUAUUGAAACAUCCUGUAUUUCCUUUCAUAUAAAACAUAAAAAUGCAUUUAAUUUAAAUAUAAUAUGUUUCGAAUAAUAGAAAAUAAAUUAACUUCACUAUAAAAAAUCCUUAGGCUUUUAAAAUAUUAAUUUCAUUUUAUUUUAAUUUAUUAUUAUUGUUCUUCAUUCGUACACCAUUUCACAAGCUAAGUAAUAUUUAUGAAGACAAUUUUUUUAAUUAUUAAUAAGGUACAAAAAUGCCAUAAUAAUGAUUGUAUUAAUUUUUUUUUUAUUAUUUAAACAUUCCAUAGGUAUUCUUUAAUCGUAAUAGAAACAUUUUUCAAAACUUUUUGCAAAACAAAAUCAAUAAUUACACAUGAAGUUUUUACUGUGAUUUUAUUAAAUAUGAGGGGAAUUCAUUCGUACAAUUUCAUUUAGAAUGAAGAAAAUCCACGAAAUAAUUACCAAAAAUAUUACGGAUACAACAAAUUUAUAUUAUUUCUGUACUUAUUUUCUGUUAAAUUAAUUACUUUGACUUUUUUAUUUUAUCCCAAUUUAAUAAUUGUUUAUUAGCAGCAGAAUAGCAGUUACACAUUUGUUAUUUUGUAUCUUAUGUCAUAAUUUAUAAGAGCGACUAACCCAAAACCCGCUAGUUACGCCCUUUAUAAGUAGACUAGCCUUUGCCCGCGGCUCCGUCCGCGUGAAAAAGUUUUUCCGUGACAAAAAGUAGCCUAUAGCAUUCAGGAGUAACGUAGCUUUCUAUUAGUGAAAAUAAAUCAAAAUCUGUUUAGUAAUUCCUGAGAUUAACACGUUCAAACAAACAAACUCUUGAUCUUUAUAUAUUAGUAUAGAUAUGUAUAGCCUCGUUAUAUUGGCACAAACAUUUUACUAUAGUACCUGACAUAAUUUGUGAGUAAAUUGAAUUGUGAUAUAAUCCUUAAUGUUUUAGUUUUUGUAAGUGUAAUUUAUGACUUAUUUUCGUAUUAAAUGUGUAUUAUUUUUA